AAAGAUGUUGCCGACUUUGUAAGAAGAUGUUUGACCUGUCAGCAAGUCAAAGCCGAGCAUAAGAGUCCGAUAGGCCCUCUACGACCACUGCCGAUUCCGAGGUGGAAGUGGGAGGAGGUUGCGAUGGAUUUCGUUACGGGGUUACCGAGGUCGUCUGAACAUCACGAUGCUAUCUGGGUCGUGGUCGACAGAUUGACUAAGGUUGCCCACUUCUUGCCAGUAUCGAUGAGUAUGCCUUUGGAUCGGUUGGCUGAAAUUUAUGUCCGUGGGAUCGUUCGACUCCAUGGAGUACCUGUUACUAUUGUGUCAGAUAGAGACCCCAGAUUCACCAGUAGAUUCUGGAAGAGUUUACACGAGGCAAUGGGUACAAAGCUAGCCUUCAGUUCAGCCUACCAUCCUGAGACUGAUGGACAGACGGAGCGGACUAUACAGACGUUAU